UCUCUUUGAUUUUGUAAACGAUCUAUGAUAAACAGACAGAAACAUCCGUCACCACGUGAGAAUAAUUAUUUACUAUAAAAUUUUAACAAUUUAUACAAAAUUACACAGAACAGGUGACCAGUAAUUGUUUUAAGAUGCAACAUGAUGAUGUUGUUUGGGCUAUUAUCAACAAGACACAUUGUUCCCACAAAGUAACCACCAAAACGCAACAAUUUUGUAGAAAUGAAUAUAACCUCACGGGCUUGUGCACUCGCGCCUCAUGUCCUCUUGCGAAUAGCAAAUAUGCGACUAUAAGAGAAGAAAACGGUAUAAUUUACCUUUACAUGAGAACAGCAGAAAGAAUAAUGUUUCCAUCAAAACAAUGGGAAAAAGUGAAGUUGUCCAGAAAUUUUGAAAAAGCAAUUCAUCAAAUAAAUGAAAAUUUGCUUUAUUGGCCAAGUUUUAUUAAGUCAAAGUGUAAGCAAAGGUUUUUGAAGAUAACACAGUAUUUAAUACGAAUGAGAAAGCUUAAACUGAGGAGAGUUAAAGAAGUGGUCCCAAUUCAACGUAAGAUAGAACGGCGUGAAAGACGCAGAGAAGAAAAAGCAUUGGUGGCGGCAAGAAUAGAUAAUGCUAUAGAAAAACAAUUAUUAGACAGACUGAAAAAGGGGACUUAUAAUGAUAUUUACAAUUUCCCACAAAUGGCUUUUGAUGCCGCAUUGAAAGAGGAGGAGAUAUCAGGCGAAAGUGAAAUUGAGAGUGACAAGUCAGAUGAAGAAGAGAAAGAGAUGGAGAUAGAACCAGAGCUAGAAAAGGAAUUGCAGAAGAGUGUCGAGGAAGUGGAUGAGUUUGUUGAAGCAGACAGUGAUAUGGACAGUGAUGAAAGUGAAUCUGGAAAACGAGAGGAUACAGAUGUUGACAGCGAUUUUGAGUCGGAUACUUCUGACAUUGAGGAUGUAUCAGAGAAGCUGAUGCGGAAGAAACCAAGAGUUGAAAUAGAAUACGAGACAGAGCCGUCUGUUAGUGUCACUAAGAGGAAAUUAAAACAUUGAUUGAU